AUUAGGUGCCGAAAUCGUUUUUUUUUUUCCUCCUCCAUAAAAGAAAUUUUGCUAACUUUCUCGGAAGCCUGAGAUUCGGAUCCCCCUCGGAAUCGGAGACUUCCUCUCCGAUCAGGCAUUGCUUGUAUAUAUAAAUGUAUGUGUGUGUGUGUAUAUACAUUUUUUCAAAAGCAAAGAGCCAAGUAUCGCACAUUAAAAAAGGAAAUGGAAUGUUGUCCGACGAUGGAUCUGCUGCGGUCGGAGCCGAUGCAAUUGGUGCAAUUGAUUAUCCCUAUGGAAUCGGCUCAUCGUUCGAUUACCAACCUCGGCGACCUUGGUCUUUUCCAAUUCAAAGAUCUCAAUGCAGAAAAGAGCCCAUUUCAGAGGACAUAUGCUAGUCAGAUAAAAAGAUGUGGAGAAAUGGCUCGCAAGCUACGUUUCUUCAGGGAGCAAAUGGUUAAGGCUGGGUUGUCAUCCUCGAUGUGGUCUAUUAGAAGCAGCGACAUUGAUCUGGAUCACUUGGAGGUCAAACUUGGGGAACUUGAAGCUGAGCUGUUAGAAAUUAAUGCUAACAAUGAAAAGUUACAACGCACGUAUAAUGAGCUAUUAGAAUAUAAGCUUGUUUUGCGGAAGGCUGGUGAAUUCUUCUGUUCAGCUCAAAACAGUGCUGCAGCUCAACAGAGAGAAUUUGAAGUGCAGCAUUCUGGUGAAAGAUCCAUUGAUAGCCCGCUAUUACUGGAACAAGAAAUGGUUACAGAUCCCUUAAAGCAAGUUAAACUUGGGUUUGUUAGUGGUCUUGUUCCAAGGGAGAAAUCAAUGGCCUUUGAAAGGAUUAUGUUUCGUGCGACCAGGGGUAAUGUGUUUUUGAAGCAAGCUGUGGUAAAUGACGCUGUUGUUGAUCCUGUGUCAGGAGAGAAGGUUGAGAAAAAUGUGUUUGUCAUCUUCUUUUCUGGAGAAAGAGCUAAGAACAAAAUCCUGAAGAUUUGUGACAGUUUUGGAGCAAACCGUUACCCUUUUACGGAUGACUUAGGAAACCAAUUCCAGAUGAUUACAGAGGUUUCUGGAAAACUUUCAGAGCUCAAGACUACCAUAGAUGCCGGACUCCUGCACCAGAGCAAUUUAUUACUGACAAUUGGCUAUGAAUAUGAGCAGUGGAAGCUUCUGGUGAAGCAGCAAAAAUCCAUUUACAAUACUCUAAACAUGCUCAGUUUUGAUGUGACCAAGAAGUGCCUUGUUUCAGAAGGUUGGUGUCCUGUUUUUGCAUCAAAUCAGAUCCAAAAUGCAUUGCAACGGGCGACCUGUGACAGCAGCUCUCAAGUUGGGGCUAUAUUCCAAGUUUUGCAAACGAAGGAAUCACCGCCUACCUACUUCCGCACAAACAAAUUCACUUCUGCUUUUCAAGAAAUUGUAGAUGCUUAUGGGGUUGCUAAGUAUCAAGAAGCAAAUCCUGGUGUUUACACUCUUAUCACAUUCCCUUUCCUUUUUGCUGUCAUGUUUGGUGAUUGGGGCCAUGGUAUCUGUUUAUUGCUGGCAACACUUUAUUUUAUCAUGAGGGAAAAGAAAUUUUCCAGUCAGAAACUUGGUGACAUUAUAGAAAUGACAUUUAGUGGUCGUUAUGUUAUCUUGAUGAUGGCAAUCUUCUCAAUGUACACUGGACUGAUAUAUAACGAAUUCUUUUCGGUCCCAUUUGAAUUAUUUGGGCCGUCAGCUUAUGGAUGUCGUGACCCUUCCUGCAGGGAUGCUACUACAAUCGGUUUGAUUAAGGUUCGUGACACCUACCCAUUUGGAGUAGACCCUAAAUGGCAUGGUACCCGAAGCGAGUUACCGUUUCUUAACUCAUUGAAGAUGAAAAUGUCUAUCUUACUUGGUGUAGUUCAGAUGAACCUUGGAAUUAUAUUGAGUUACUUUAAUGCAAAAUUCUUCAAUGAUAAUUUAAAUAUCUGGUACCAAUUUGUUCCCCAGAUGAUAUUUUUGAACAGCUUGUUCGGCUACCUUUCACUCCUCAUAAUUGUAAAAUGGUGUACCGGUUCACAAGCUGAUUUAUAUCAUGUAAUGAUAUAUAUGUUCCUGAGUCCUACUGAUGAUUUAGCUGAAAAUCAGCUUUUCAUUGGUCAAAAAUUCCUACAGAUUUUGUUACUGUUAUCGGCUCUUAUUGCUGUGCCAUGGAUGAUGUUUCCAAAGCCUUUUCUCUUGAAGAAGCAACAUGAUGAAAGGCAUCAAGGUCAAUUGUACACAAUGCUUCAUAGCGCUGACGACCCUCUAGAAGAACAACUCCAGCUUGAUUCCCAUAGUCAUGAGGAAUUUGAGUUCAGUGAGGUCUUUGUACACCAACUGAUUCAUACAAUAGAAUUUGUUCUUGGUGCAGUGUCCAACACGGCUUCAUAUCUGCGCCUGUGGGCCCUCAGUCUAGCUCACUCGGAGUUGUCAAGUGUAUUUUAUGACAAGGUUCUACUUCUAGCUUGGGGGUUCAACAAUGUCAUUAUUCUAAUUAUUGGCAUAGUUGUUUUCGUAUUUGCAACUGUUGGUGUUCUACUGGUGAUGGAAACACUUAGUGCAUUUCUACAUGCCUUGAGGCUUCACUGGGUGGAGUUUCAGAACAAGUUCUACGUGGGAAAUGGUUACAAGUUUAGCCCCUUUUCAUUCACAAUAGUUAGCGAAGACGAUGAAUGAUACAAAUUAUGAAGCUUGUUUCUAGGAUCAAAGACAGAUUUAAUGUUAAAUUAGCUGCAACUACCAAGCAGCAGAGAACUAGCUGCGAUUAUAGAAAACCGGUCAAUUCCUCACUUGAGCUGGAGCCUGGAGGCUUUAGAAAGGUGAUAUAGCAACACCAGUAAGCUCAUUAGUAUCACACUCCUAUUAGAUGAAGUUUGUGGUUCAAAGUUCAAAUAUGAAAAAGAGCCCUUUCAACAUGCUGCAAAACUUAUUUGAAAUUUAGACAGCCAUGAGUUGACAAGUGACUUUCCAAAAUUUCUGUUUGAUACUUGUAUUCUUAUAUUCUUUUUAGGAUUAUUUGGGUGAUUUGUUUUAUAUGAUAAAUUUGUUGUUUCGU